GGUCCGUUACCGUUUUAGUCAGUCCUCAGAUGGCGCACUCGGUCGAAGGAUUGAAACUCAUCAUUUCACACUUCCCGGAAACCUACAUCUCACGAUGCAUCGAGCUCUGACUAUCCGAGAGUUCAUUGAAAUGGUAGUGGAUGAAGACACCAGGCCGUUUUCACUGGCAGACCCGACGCUCCUGGCUCUGGCGCUCACAUGCCGCACAUUCCAGGAGCCCGCCUUAGACAUGCUAUGGGCUAGCCAGUAUGGCUUGGGUCAUCUCGUCCAGUGCUUACCGGAGGAUCUAUGGACAUAUUCAGAUAACUCGAUGGAUAGUGUAACGCUCAGAGAACCUACGAGGGCCACCACACAACAAGACUGGCAGCGCUUUGACGUCUACGCUCGGCGGGUCCGCAGACUACAUCAUGAGGAUGACCCUCAUGUCCAUAUCCGACUCAAGUUCUUUAGAGAGUGCCACGUCUCGGGGCCCCUCUUUCGUUGGCUUCUCUCGUCAAGGCCUUCUCAUCAAUUGCUCCCUAGUCUAUCCUUUCUUGGCCUGGGGUGGACGGAGGAUACAUCUUCCAAGUAUUACGACUCUGCGCACACGCUAUUUGGCCCGCGGCUCACUGAGUUAGACAUCAGCACCCCUCGGCUCGCCAACACCAAUGUGCUUAACGUGAUAUUGCUGCACCUCCCUCUGCGUUCACCAGACGUCCAGUCAUUGAGAGCCAACGAGUCCCGGUACAGGGAGUCCGACUGUCAGCCCAUCCCUACUGGUAUUCUUCCAGCAUUGAAAGGUUUAGAGAAAUUCGGAGGGAGCAUAUUCUUGACAUUCGACUCCCUCGCCGGGUUGUCGACCUUGCCAAACCUCACAGAAGCCACCUUACUUUUCGACAAACAACGAGCCAUCGGCCAAUUGGGGACAGAAGGGACUGCUCAAACUCUUACCUUCCGCGCUCUGGAGAGAUUGACUACGAGGAUGACGACAAUGGCUGAUGCCGAGGCACUCCUAUCCGUCUGCUGCUUUCCUCGACUGCAAGAGAUAUCCCUGACAACCACUUUCGAAUCCAACUCGGGCGCUCUCGAUGGCGUGCUCCGGCUGAUCCACGAUCGUUGCGAACAUGCUAUAUUAGAGUCGAUCCAAAUCCGAAGCGGUGCGAAUGAACACCUCGCGGAUGUAGUACACGACAUCACCGCAGCGUCCUUCCGACGUCUCUAUGACUUCCGACAUCUUCGUAAAUUUGGCCUCAACACGAAGAUGCGCAUCAUCCUCGACGACGAUGCCGUCGAGGAGAUGGCCAAGUCGUGGCCUCGUCUGGAGUACCUGCAUUUUAGGUCACCUCCGACUUCGGCGACGCUGGAAGGCCUGGCGCAUCUCGCCCGGUACUGUCCUUCGCUGUCGUCACUCUGUAUCGACGUGCAGACGAGGGGUACCGUCGUCUCCGCCGAUGUGAUCCCCGGCGGCGGCUUCUGCAACCGGGCCCUCGAGGAGAUCGAGUUCUGCAUGUCGUUUCCGUAUGGGAAUGAAGCGAAGAUAGCGGCGUUCCUCAAUGCGAUCUUCCCCAACAUCCGGAGGCUUGAUUGGGUGUGGAGAAGGGUAUGGGAUAUAAUUUUGGUCCUACGCAUGGCAUCUGAAUGGGAAAAGCACGCCAGUAAGUAACGACAUGCCUUGACUCAUUGACCUACUUUUGAUGUAUACACCUCUGCAGGACCAGACGCAACGUAACGUCUGCUAUCGACAUGUCAAUAUUAUAUCGAUGGAGCAUCUACGCAGCCCUUCAAUUUAGCGUUACAACAACUUACA